ACACUUCAAAGGUUUUAUUAUCUUAUUUUCAGGGUAAAACUUGCCAUGUUUUCGUGUACAAACUUGUUAAAAUAAGAUAGGGACUUGUAAUAACACUGCAUCACCAGCAGAUGGCAGCACGUGGCUGUAAAAAAAUCAAAAUCUCCGCCCCCUUCCAUGUCGUCAGAGCAUAGUGGAAGUAAACACUCGGCCGUCGGUUUUCCUUUAACUUGCUGUGCUGAUUUAAUAUUUCCCAUUAGAAAGUAUUUUGUUUGCUGCGUAGAUACCCGGAUGUCUGCUCAGGUGGAAGAAGACAGGGUCAAACAGUGGGAAAGCGAGCAGGAGCGUCUGAAGCGGCUGCUGUUGGAGGAGGACACCGAUGACUGGCAGAGGAGCCCGGACUUCUCGGGUCUGGAGCGGGUCGGGGGCGUGGACCUCUCCUUCAUUAAAGGGGAUGACAUGAACGCAUGCGCGCAGCUCGUGGUACUCAGUUACCCGGACCUGAAAAAGGUUCUGUACGGGGACAGUCAGAUGGUGACCCUGACCGCCCCCUACGUCGCCGGCUUCCUGGCCUUCAGAGAAACUCCGUUCCUCCUGCAGGCGCUGCAGCGGCUGCAGGAGAGCCAGCCUGAGCUCACGCCGCAGGUGGUGUUUGUGGAUGGAAACGGCCUCUUCCACUACAGAGAGUUUGGGCUGGCGUGUCACCUGGGAGUGCUGUCAGGGUUGCCUUGUGUGGGCGUGGCUAAGAACCUGCUUCAGGUGCAGGGCGUGCACAAAAACGAGGAACAUCAGUCGCGGAUUGCUGCUUUACACAAAGGAGGAGACAGCUUCCCACUCACCGCCGCCUCAGGCAAAGUGCUGGGAAAGGCUCUGCGGAGCUGCGAUAAGAGCUCCAAGCCGGUGUACGUGUCUGUGGGCCACAAGAUCAGCCUGGACACGGCCGUGCGCCUCACCCAGGCCUGCUGCCUCUUCCGGGUGCCCGAGCCCAUCAGACAGGCUGCACUGUGCCUCUGCUGUUCUCACAUCCGCCUGCUCAGAAAGCAGCUCAAAGUCUGUUUUUCACCAUGCAGUGUUGCUCGUGUGUGUGUGUGUGUUUAUUCCUUCCAUCAAAGUGUGGGUGAAGAGGAAAAAGGGACGGACACCUUCCUCUGUCCAAUCACGGCUCGCUUUCCCCCCGUUAGCCUGUUCUCCUUUUAUUUGCUGACAUUCUCCUGUCUUUUUGUCUUGUUCUCUCUCAUUCGGUUUCUGCUCUUUUUCUGCUUGUAUGGUAGGGAAAAACAUCAGACUAGAUGCAGUUUUGAUUGUUGUGAGGAGCUCUAGGAAGAUCAGACGUUUGAAUUAGAACGACCCGUCUAAAGUCUGGGGGGAAACACACAAACCAGCCUUUUGAUAAGCAGGGGUUUAACGAAAGGAGCAAGAGACACAAAAAGUGAGGCAGGGCUAGCAAACAAUAAAAAUGUCCAAAAUAAAUGAGCAAAAAGUGUCAGCCCCAAAGAAAAAUGGCCCCGGACGAAGUGCUGACACAAAAUGCACAUAUCAGAGACAAAAGGCUCCCACUGGUCAAAUGGGAUGAAUCCCGGACGAGCCCCCGAAUACAUUACAGCCCCGACAGGAAAACCCGUCUAAAUCUAGGGCAGGAGUCUGGAACCUGUGGCUCCUGAACCACAUGAGGCUCCUUUAU